AUGUCCAGUAACGUUGGAUCCAGUCUACGCAAGUACAUGUAUGAGCCUUAUUUGGUAUACACUUAUCUAUAUCUGUCCAUACACCAUGGAAAUUGCAUCGAUAAUGUUAAAGAAGAAGAAAAAAAGGAGAAAACACAAAAGGAAGGAGAAUUUCAGAGACAUUACACGCAGUGCUUUAUUUAA